GGUAACUAUGUGUGUAUCAUAGCAUUAAUACUUAUUCAUUUUUAAACUGGUUAUCACAAACGUCACUAUUGUCUAAACAAAUUUUCUAUAAAUGUCGAAAACAGUCGCGCUCCCCCUUUAUCCACUGUUCCUCUUUGUCUGUCUCGCUCACUGUGUCUCCGUUUUUUAGCGGGAAAAUAAACUGUGAUUUCGACCAGUCUUGCAGCGUGACCUAGUAGGCUCAAGCAUGACUUAUCACGUUCUUAUAUCGUCAUGUCUUAUAAGUCCCUUUCCCUUUCUCUUCUCUUGUUUCUUUUUUUUUUCUUUUUUUCUCUUUGUUGUCGUUCACUUCAAAGCUUUCUCAACUACUACUAUUACACAUUGUCUAUGUUCUCUUCUUGGUUAUCAUCUUGGUAUCAUCAACCCCAACAGAUUCAGGAACCAUUUAACGAUCACUACGAACCUUUAGAUGAAGAUUGGAUAAAGGUAAAGACAACAAAGGAACGGCAACCAGCGCAAGAUCCAACCGAUGAACGGACCGAGGCAAAAGAGGAACGGACCGAAAAGGAAGCUCCUAUUGUCGAGAAAAAGAUAUCGAGGCAGGAACGCAGGGCUCAAUUACGUUUGGCUGCCAAGGAGAAAAAGAAGCAAGCGAGAAAUGCGCUUCGAAAGUCUACCAACUGUAUCUUGUCCUCAGGUCCACUUUCCAUUGACCAUUAAAUUUCUUGUUUUCUAUAUACAUAAAAAUUAAUACAUUGAUCUUUCUUUUUUCUCUUUUCAGGCUGUUGGAAGAUUGCAUAGAGAGGGGGGGGGCAUAUGUCCUAAAAUUGAGAUACAAAAGAUACGAUAAGUAUUCUCGGAUACAUACCAAGCAAAAGAUAAUAGAUAAGAUUAUACAAAAAAAAUUAGCAUUCUAGUUUAUUUAUUUUUUAACGAAAUUUACCUAAAGCAUUAGAGUCUCUUUCUCCCUCUGGCGUUGCCUGUACGGAAAGUCAGCGGCAAGAUGGUUACAUUUUCCAGCGUUGGAGGAACUGGAUCAAGGCAAGGAAAAAGUAACACCAAAAAGAAGUAAGGUCCGACAAACCAUGGAUAGAUUU